GUGAGGAAUAAGCUAUCGGAGUUCCUUGGUUCUUAUUGCUACCCUCUGUCUUUUUCUUUUAAGGAAAAUGGAACUAAAGAGAGAGAGGAAAGGGGAAAAGAAACUAGGAAGAAAAGGAGCGCUACUUUGACAAUGUUUGUGAAUCAUGUCGCAGUUUAAUAAGUGAUACUUCAAUGGUAGAAAUAUACCUUAUUCUAUUUUUUAUCUUGGGCACAAUAGGUUCAAUAGGUUCUAGAGGAGGUUGGGUUGAAGAGAUGACAUGUAUAUAUAUAUAUAUAUAUAUACUAGGUAUUGUAUGUAUAUCAAGUAUAGAACAACAUUAUUUAUAUCAAUAAAUUUAGGCUUAAUUGACAACAAACAGAAAAGAGUAAUGAAGAACCAGAAAGUGGGAUUGGAGAAAUCAUU